AAAGAGUCCGUACGUGUUGUGUUUUGUGCGAUUUCUGCAGAACUGGUGUAAACGAAAAGCUGAAAUGAACACAACCAGGGAACGCUAGCAACAAAAAAGAAUGAAAAGAUUUCAGCACAGUUUCGACGACAACAAUCGAAUAAUACAAUGAUUACCUUUAUUGAAAUCAUGCAUUACAUGAUGAUGCCUGUCACUGCAACAUUCGCAUUUUUAUGGGUGUUUUAUCCAGCUUGGGCAGUUUUGAUUGCCGAACGAAUAGAAUGGGAUGUUGAAGAUUUGGCGUCACCAGGUAUGAAUAAAGAUUCAUUCGAAUCUCCUCUUUUAACUUUGGUAAUUCCGGCGUUUAAUGAAGAAGAUCGGAUACCGAUAAUGAUUCGCGAGACUUUUGACUACCUUACAUCGCAACAGGGCAAACAACUGUUGCGAAAAUUACAAUCCUCGAUAAAACCACAAACGACGUCUUCUCUCGAAUACGAGAAAUUGGAAGACGCGUCAUUACGAGAAGAGUCGUCUGAGCAAAGAGGUGCCGAGCCGAAAGUAGAAUGGAUAAUUGUAGAUGAUGGAUCCACUGAUGCGACGUGCGAUGUGGUACGGGAAACAUACAAAAAAUUGAUGGGUAACAAGAGCAACGGAGUUGGCAAAAGUACACCAUCCGCCACGAAUGCGUGCGAUUGGAAGUGGAAAAUCGUGUCUUUGACGAAAAAUGCCGGAAAAGGAGGGGCAGUAAAGACAGGGAUGAAUCUCGCCGAGGGAAUGUUCCAUUUGAUGGUAGAUGCGGAUGGUGCAACUGACUUCGGAAACGGUCUCGAAAAUCUGACUCGAGAAUUAAGAGCACACACGCAAGGAAUUCUAGCAUCUAGGGAAGGACAUAUUGGUAGUAGAAAGGGCAUGGCUGGUUCUAGGAUUGCGGUAUUUGGUUCUCGAGCACAUUUAGAAAGGGAAUCCACAGCUCAAAGAUCCUUUGUUAGGACGUUAUUGAUGAAGGCAUUCCAUUUUUUUGUGAGUCUAUUUGUCUCUACGAAAGUCCAUGAUACGCAAUGUGGCUUCAAACUUUUUUCCAAAAAAGCAAGCAAUGCCAUAUUCAAGACUCUUCACUUACGACGGUGGGCAUUCGAUACAGAAAUUGUUUUGUUGUGUGACAAACAAUGCAUCGACAUUAUCGAAGUUGCAGUGCGCUGGAAAGAGGUAGAUGGGUCGAAACUCAGCACCUCAAAGUUAGCUUUAGCACUUGUGUCCAUUUCUAUGUUGAGAGAUAUGAUUUGUGUCAGGGCUUGCUACACCCUUGGAUUCUGGCGGGUAAAAAUGGGCUUAUAACAUUAAUGAUAAGAAUCGAAUUUUAAGUCACUCUCAGAUUGAGUUAUUUUGCGUUUUCUUACAUUCUUGCCAUCUUUCCAUAAUUGCAGGUUCCUGCGCUUUUCAUAGCAAUUGAAUACACUAACAAUGAUAGG